UGGUAAACAAAAUUCUGCAUUAAAUGCUACAGUAUACAGGUGUGAGUGAGUGGGGAAUAAGUGACGGAGAGGUCAAUAAAAGAGGAAGUAAAUCUGUGAAGAGGCGGCAGAUGGAGGCUGAUGGCCGGUCGGGGUAAGUUGUUUACGUCCUGAGCAGACAAGAGCGUCCUGCCUCCCCCUGCCUCGCCCUGCCUCGCCCUGCCUCACUCACCCAGCGGUAGUGGCCCUCACCAAGCCGCUGACUCUCUAGUGGUGUAGACUAACCCCUCUAACUCGCUCCGAUGCCUAGAAUGAGCAGGAAGUCGUCCUACUCUUAUCACGGAGGAAGCGAAGGAUGUUACUUCAUGGUGCCUCUUCUGUCUUCCUUACCUUAGUUACCUUGCAGUAGGAGGAGGAGAAGACAGACGACACCUGCCAAAACGAUCAUUACUCCCAGUGAGGUCUCAAGGCAAUAAUAAACAGGUGUUGCACAGAGUCAGGUGGCGAGAGGUAUGUGGCAAAGACCAGACAGUAGCCUCUCCCACCGCUACAGACGAACAGAGGUGCAUGGAAUCCCUCCACCUGGUGAGAGUGAAGAUGGCCAGCGUUUAAGAUUCCAAGUGGAGCUGGAGUUUGUUCAGUGUCUGGCAAACCCCAACUACCUCCUCUUCCUGGCCCAGCGUGGUUACUUCAAGGACCAGGCGUUCAUCAACUACCUGAAGUACCUGCAGUAUUGGAAGGAGCCCGAGUAUGCUAAGUUUCUAAAAUACCCCAUGUGCCUUUACUUCCUGGACCUGCUGCAGUUUGAGAACUUCAGGAAGGAGAUCGUCAAUGGGCAGUGCUGCAAGUUCAUAGAUGACCAAACGGUGCUUCACUGGCAGCACUACUCCCGGAAGCGCAUGAAGCUCCUGGAGACAGGAGCCAACCAGCAAGGAUCCCAGACACCAGUGUCCCAGUCCACCGCAGCGACCGGCAACCCGACCCCCACCACUCUCCCCUCCAGCCUCAUCAAUGGCCAUGGCCAGAUACAGAAGGUGUGAGGCAAAGCCAGGGCGUCCUGUGUAAAAAGUUUUAUGUUCAUCGCUCCCUCCCUACACACAAAAAAAAGGCCACAGGAAUUAAUUGUUUAAGCUGACCAUCACUGCCACAAUGGAGGACCGGGUGAUCCUGAGUUACCAUGACAGCCUCAUCCAUGAGUCUGACCUGAGGCUGCUGGAGGGACGCAACUGGCUCAACGACUCCCUCAUCUCCUUCUGGUUUGAGCACCUCCAGCAUGAGCUGUUCCGGGGCAUGUCGCGGCUGCUCUUUGUGAGCCCUGAGGUGACCCAGCUGGUCAAGAUGGGGGAUGCCCGCGAGCUGCCCAUCUUUCUGGACCCACUGGAGGCAAGAUUCAAGGACUAUAUCUUCCUGGCGGUGAACGACAACUCCUCUGUCAUCUCGUCUGGCGGCAGCCACUGGAGCCUCUUAGUGUACAGCAAGUUUGACCGAAAGUGGUACCAUUACGAUUCCCAGCGUGGCUCCAACCACCGUGACGCCCGCUGCCUUGUGCACCGCAUCAACACCUACCUGGAGAGGGAGCUCCCAGCGCCACUGGUGGAUGCCAACUGCACACAACAGGACAACAGCUACGACUGUGGUGCCUUUGUUAUGAUCUAUGCCCACCGCGCCGCCCAGCAAGCUGUGGAGGGCACAGCACUGGGCACCUGCUAUGUGGACCGCCAGGAGGCCAGCCAGAUGAGGGAACUGAUCAAGUCCCUGGUGUACCGCCUCAAGGCACGACACACAUGAGUGCCAGCCCCACACUUGCCCCGCCCUGCCUCUGAGGUGCUGCGUGCGCGCUUGUGUGAGUGUGUGUGUGUGUGUGUGUGUGUGUGUGUUGCCCCCAUGGCGCCACGCUGAGUAUUAGGCUUGUUAGUUCCAUGCUGCCAAGUUUAGUUUUGUUAGAUGGAGCUUUGAGGUGUUUUUUCAGGGAGCGUUGUGAUGGCAGCACGUUUGUAUUAACCCUUCAGAGUGAGGAAUGGUACUUUGAUUUACAAGGAACCAAUUAAUCUCUGCUUGUUACACUUGACUUGGACCUGAUGGUGGAGGGUGAGUAGGAAGGUAAACACACUAGGUACAGAGGGAGCAGACUCACCUGAGGCAGUACAACCCAAUCCUCCUGUUGGUACUGCCACUGGGGCCGAGGGUGGGACAUCCGGGAGGGGCUACCUGCCACAAAUGACGGAUAAAGUUUUAUUUUGUAUGAUUUACUAUUCAAUAAAACACCAUUGAUUGAA